CGCAGUAAAAGCUUCAGUUAAACUGCGCAUGCGUCAUACCCCUCAUCCCAAAACCGAUGUACCAUCCUCCUUCUCUAGUCCUUGUGUCAGGGCGUGUAGUUACUAGUCAGACCAAACAGUCGUCUCUUCUUCUCUCAGCGGACUAAUGUUUAAUCUAUAGUAAAUAUGGAUUUCGACGCCUUAUUUAACGAGAAGACCUUUCAGUUCUCGGACUUCCAGGAGUUCACGUUUCUUCCUGGACACCAGAGGUUGACUGAUCGAGUGAGAAAGCGACUGUACUAUGGCCUGGACAAAGAUGUUUCUUUAGAUGCCCUCUCUUGUCCUGUAACAGAUAUCGCCGUCGAAAUAUUCCAGAAGUCUGCCCCAAGCCCAAUACGAAAGCUUCAGAAGAAGUAUGCCGCUCAUGUUUCCAGGGAGGCUUGCAUCUCUCCAUGUGCCAUGAUGCUGGCUCUAGUUUACAUAGAAAGGCUCCGACAUAGAAACCCUGAAUACCUACAAAAGAUCUCCUCCUCUGACCUCUUCCUGAUCUCCAUGAUGGUUGCCAGCAAGUACCUGUAUGACGAAGGAGAGGAAGAAGAGGUUUUCAACGAUGAGUGGGGAGCGGCUGGGAAGUUGGACGUCAAAACGGUCAAUAAUCUGGAGAUGAACUUCUUGAAUGCCAUUGAGUGGAGCCUCUUCACAGAGCCAAAUGACUUAUUUGAUAUACUAAGUCAACUGGAAACCAGCAUUGCAGAGCGGCAGGGGAUGAAACGCGGCUGGUUCACCUACACCGACCUCUGUGUGCUACUGGAGCAAUCAGCGUGGAGUCAAGCCCUCACAGCCAUCUACCAGCACUUUACCAAGGUAUCCUGUAUGCUCGGCUUAGUCUAUCUGACCAGUGUGGCUGGCCUUAUUGCCACCAGCGCUGUGCUGCACCAGCUCAGUCUCUCCAGAAGCGGCCAGUCCCUGCUCCCACCUCCAGCUGAGAUUAGCCCGGACCUUCAGACCUCCAACCUAAAUACAGAAGCUCCUCCUGCAGCCCCACGCGUCCCUUGUUGUGUUCUGGCCAACAAGAGUGUGAACCGUCAGACCGGUGCACUCGGAAUCAGCCAGGAACACAUACAAAGUCUCCCGUCGGCUUCCUCACAGACAUCGAUAUUGUGUCUCUGGGGCUCCCUCCUCGCCUCAAUGGGUCACAUACAUCCUGAAACGGAUUCUGAUAUGGAAGCUCCCCAAACCUGGUCUCCCGUCUCCUUCUUCUGUCCUCGCUGUCUCGCAUCGCUCCCUCCUCUUCAGUGCGGGCUUAGAAACGCCUCAACACCCUUCACUCAUGGUCCCCUUGAUAAUCAUCAACGUCAUGCACCGUGGCUGGCCUCCAGCCUGCUUGGAGGGGCGGAACCAAGUCUGAACUCUCGCCUCGGGGGGUUUCCCCCUAUACAGCUGGGACCCUGCCAUCCAGAGGCUAUGUUACCUGUCGACAAAGCCCAACCUCUGCUCAUGCCUGGCUAGUGACUGGCAAACUCCACUGCUGUCAACCUGUGGUAAUGGACUCUGGAAGUGAAACCAACAUUAUUUUCAUGACCCAUCAACUGCUUCAAGUCAUGUUUUUAUUUACUUUUAGACACAGACCGGGUGAAAGUUUGGAAGUUCAUUUAUAGCUCAGCACUGCAGAAUACAUUCGCCAUAAAUAAAAUGCCAUAGUGUUCAGUUAAUGCUCUGCAAAUUGUUUUAAAUGCAGAGAUCAUCACAAGGAAUUUGAAGAUAAGUUGAUAUGUUUUUUUCUUGGCUGCAACCAAACCGUUUUGCUACACACAUUUAUUGUUUGAAAGUACAGACCUGUCGGGUGAUGGCGAUGUAAGGCCUUUGUGAUGAGUGUGUUUUGGGGUUAUUAUAUAAUAUUAAAGCUGCUUGCUACAUGGCAAGUUGGUGGUUGGUGUGUGGAGGUUUCACAGCAUAUCUGAACGUUGAAUUUCACAGUACGUUGUUGUUUUAAAUGAUGGGGCUCUGUGAGAAGAAGGGACUAAACCAGUUUACUUUGUCUACUUCAUUUUGGCUUAUCCAUAUUUGCUUGGUUAAUUUUUCAUUUAUGCAUGUUGAGCUUUACAUCAGACAUUGGUCACACAUAUGCAGCAAAGCACUGAUUUUGUACACCAUCUUUUUGUUACUGUUUGUGAAACAAAUUGUCUCCUGUCUUUGUAAACGUUCCCCUUUAUUCAGGAGAAAAGAUCAAAGAAAGGAAAUGGGACAGUUUGAACGCAGACGACGUCUCCAUACCUCAGUGUAACAACAUCAACUCCUCUUAUUCUGCUCAUUUAUAGCUCCAAAAGUGUGUCUCAUUUUCUUUUGUGUGGCAACAGGAUGUCACAUAACGUUAAAGCCACUUCUCUGUAACAGGGUAAUGUAGCCAAAUUUAAGAGAUUAACCUAUACGUUUCCCAUUCUCCAAGGGGGAAGAAGGUCUUUAUAAAAAAAAAGGAUGGACUCUUGGGGUUUCAUGCAAUUUCUAAUUGGUUUCUGGGGGGUGUUUUCGAAGCGAACAUUUUUUAAUAUCACUUGUUACAGGCUAACUGCAGUGUUUCUUUGUUGAUGCGGUCUGGAAUUUGCACAUCUGGCUCCAUUUUCACUGCCACAGGGACACGUUUCACUCCAUUAUUACAGCACUGUCAUGUGUAUCUUUUAAACACCAGAGGAUUAAUUUUCAUGUACAGUUACACAUGGUCCCUUAGGACAUUUACUUUGUAAGUGAACCUUUGACAAAUGGCUCUGAGCAUCUGAAUUUGAUACAGCACGAAGUCCUUUAAUUUUGUACAUGGUGUAAAAUGCAAAUAUUGUACAAAUCUGUAGAAAAAAAAACCAAGAGCUAAUAAAGGAUGCAAUUCUUUCAA